AUUUGCAUCAUCAUGCAGCCCAGUAAGUUGGUGUGACAGGCGGUAGCAUAAAUAGGAGCCCACGAGGAAGCUGAGCUGGUGUGUAAUGAUAGGGCAGCAGCCGCGGCUGCAGCUAACUGACUGCCCCUGGAGCCGGUGCCACACAGGUGCUCCGAGGAGUACGAGGAGUAAUUAUAUAGCAGCGAGGGCUGAAACACACCUCUGAGUUCUCACCUGUGGACACAAUAGUGCAGAGCCAGUCCUCCGUGAUAGCAAAGGGGAAGCCAAGAGCGACCAGUGAUCUGUCACCUCUAGAGAAACAAGUUCAAGUUGAAAGUUUUUUUUGUUUUGUUUUGUUUCUCUUCCUCUGUUUUCUUUUUCAUCCCCCACCACCCUCCCCUCCUCUGGUGUGACACUGCCAUGGUCAGAAAGCCAGUUGUGGCCACCAUCUCCAAAGGAGGUUACCUGCAGGGCAAUGUGAGCGGGAGGCUCCCCUCCGUGGGGGACCAAGAGCCACCUGGGCAUGAGAAGGUGGUUCUGAAAAAGAAGAUCACUUUGCUGAGGGGGGUCUCCAUCAUCAUCGGCACCGUCAUCGGAUCGGGCAUCUUCAUCUCCCCCAAGGGCAUACUCCAGAACACGGGCAGCGUGGGCAUGUCACUGGUGUUCUGGUCUGCCUGUGGAGUACUGUCACUUUUUGGAGCCCUGUCUUAUGCUGAAUUGGGUACGAGCAUAAAGAAAUCUGGUGGUCAUUACACAUACAUUCUGGAGGUCUUUGGUCCCUUGCUAGCUUUUGUUCGAGUCUGGGUGGAACUGCUGGUAAUACGCCCCGGAGCUACGGCUGUGAUAUCCCUGGCUUUUGGACGCUACAUUCUAGAACCGUUUUUUAUUCAAUGUGAAAUUCCUGAACUUGCAAUCAAGCUUGUAACAGCUGUGGGCAUCAGGCAAACACAUCACUUUAAAGAUGCAUUUUCAGGAAGAGAUACAAAUCUAAUGGGGUUGCCCUUGGCUUUUUAUUACGGGAUGUAUGCAUAUGCUGGCUGGUUUUACCUCAACUUUAUUACUGAAGAAGUAGACAACCCUGAAAAAACCAUCCCCCUUGCAAUCUGCAUCUCUAUGGCCAUCAUCACAGUUGGCUAUGUCCUGACAAAUGUGGCCUAUUUUACAACCAUUAGCGCCGAGGAGCUGUUGCAGUCCAGCGCUGUGGCGGUGACCUUCUCUGAGCGGCUGCUGGGAAAAUUCUCAUUAGCAGUCCCGAUCUUUGUUGCCCUCUCCUGCUUCGGCUCCAUGAACGGUGGUGUGUUUGCUGUCUCCAGGUUAUUCUAUGUUGCAUCUCGAGAAGGGCACCUUCCGGAAAUCCUCUCCAUGAUUCACGUCCACAAGCACACUCCUCUGCCAGCUGUUAUUGUUUUGCAUCCUCUGACAAUGAUAAUGCUCUUCUCCGGAGACCUCUACAGUCUUCUGAAUUUCCUCAGUUUUGCCAGGUGGCUUUUUAUGGGCCUGGCAGUCGCCGGGCUGAUUUAUCUUCGAUACAAACGCCCAGAUAUGCAUCGUCCUUUCAAGGUGCCUCUGUUCAUCCCAGCAUUAUUCUCCUUCACCUGCCUCUUCAUGGUUGUCCUCUCCCUUUACUCGGAUCCGUUUAGCACCGGGGUUGGCUUCCUUAUCACCUUGACUGGGGUCCCGGCGUAUUACCUCUUCAUUGUAUGGGACAAGAAACCCAAGUGGUUCAGACGAUUGUCAGACAGAAUAACCAGAACAUUACAGAUUAUACUAGAAGUUGUACCAGAAGACUCUAAAGAAUUAUGAACUUAAUGUAUCAAAUCCUUGGCCAUCUGCCCAGGACUGAGAUACAAAAUGGCUCUUUAUUUCAAGAAAACACAAUUUUGAUGAUGGGCUAAAGGAAUUGGUUAUCUCUAAUCAUAGCCUCUAGUGUAUUUGAAUUAAUUUCUGAGCAACUUACCGGUAACUCCAUAUAUUUGUAGCAAGCUAAUAUGCAAGUCAUACAGUGGGGCAAGCUCACAGUUCUUGAGUCUAGUGCCUAUCUGCUGAGGGAAAGGAAAAGGAGAAACCUAAGGGCAUUGGCACCUGGGUAUCAUUCUCUACAACAUUUCUUAUCGUGACUGAGAACCUUGAAUAGAAGACCAAAAUGGUUUCUGUACAUAUGAGGCCUGUAAACAUAGCUUUACCUACUGGGGACAUCUAUACUGUGAAAAGGAUUUUGUUUUUAUUUUUCUGAAAAAAAAAGAGUCAUUAUUGUAGCAAAGGAAGCAGAAUGACUUUUACAUUGAUCUUGGAUUGUUUUCCCUUAGUGACCAACAUGGCUGUCACUUAUCUUUCAGUGGCUUAUACUCAGAGCAUCAGAACAAAUGAAGAUGAGAGAGGAGAGAGACAGAGACAGAGACAGAGACAGAGACAGAGACAGAGAGAGAGAGAGAGAGAGAGAGAGAGAGAGAAAGAGAGAAAGAGAGAAAGAGAGAAAGAGAGAAAGAGAGAAAGAGAGAGUAGCUGGAGGUCAAAUUCAGGGCUUUCCAAAAGCCAGGCAAGAACUCUACCGUUGGGAUACGUCUAUACUCUAAUUUUCUUAAAUGAACAAAAGAAGCAUUCCCAGGGGCUAACAUUUAUGACGCAAUCCUAAACUGUGUUUGAACUAAAGUCAUUGAGAACUUGUUAGGUUAACUACGUCAUUGUUUAUUGUCAGGAAACUCGGUGUUUGUAACGUCACUGUGGUUUGUAACGUUUCAGUGUGGUUUGUUUGUUUUAUUCCUGAAAACCUGUAUGGUUUGGUAUGACAUCCUUGGUGAGACACCUCUUUGGUAAUUUACGUCUUAGUGGAUAAAACCGUUUCGCUCAUUGCAGUCCAACACCCGCAUGGGAGAAAUUGCCCACAAGACUCCAAACAUCAGGCCUCAUCUCUAUAAACCGCAUUAUACGCAGGGUUAGCAGUUCAUUCUCCUUUUCUUUAACUUUGUGGCUGUUUUUACCUGGGGAUGAUUUUCGACAGUGUGUGCAUCCCCUUUACCGUUCUGUUCAAAUAUCUCUGGAUAAAACUAUCUGGAUCCAUCAUAAAGGCACAGCUUUACAUAAGAACUGUGCAAGAAAUGCAUGCCACCACUUAGGAAGACUUUCAACUGACUUUUGAAAAAUCUAGGCGGUUUCAUUCAUCUCUACACUUUACUUAUAAUUCAAUUUGCCAAAGAGGGAUCUGUGACCAAACCUAUCGAAGGAGAGUCUUCAGUAAUGUCGUUCAGCUCCCUGACGUCGAGUCUGAGUUAGAAAAACACUAGCAGUGUUCAAAUGGGAUUAAUGUGAUGGUGGGAUUUUUAAAACAUUUUCCUAACAUCUGAAAAUUAAAUGCAUAGCAUGGUCACAGUGAAUUAAAUUUGAUCUCUUAUAUUUUGACCACUUAAAAACAAAAUGUUUUAAAAAAUUAUCCUGAACUGGUUGUGGUGGCACAUACCUUUAAUCUCAGCACUUGGGAGGCAGAGGCAGGGAAUCUCUGAGUUCCAGAAGAGCUAGGGCUACCCAGAGAAACCUUGUCUUGGAAAAAACCAAACCAAACCAAACAAACAAAAAGUAUUUUCCCAAAUAAAAGCUAUUGAGUUCAUAGAUAAUUGCCCAAAGUACAAAUGAUGACCUUAAUUUGGAACAAUUCACCAAUUCAGCAUUUUUAGUAUCAAUAAUGUUUAAUACAUACCCAAAGUUGACUUUGUUUCUGAAGGCCAAACCAAGUGUUUAUUUCCCUAAGUGAACUGCUAACAGGUUUUUUGUUUUUAUUAACAUGGGCUUUUCCAAACCAUAAGUCUAGUCUCUAGGGCUAACAUAGUGUUCAUUUGUUGACGUCUAUCUCUGUCAGAUGUGGCUAGAGGUGCACAUUAUUAUGUUGUUAUCUUUAUACCAGACCCAUGAGAUGUAUCAAGGCAGGGUCUUCUGAUUACCUAUGAAACAGAGUAAAGCCAUGGAGAAGGUCCUGUGGUCCACGAUUCUUCCUGAGGUUCAUGUGCCCCUCGCUGAUUGUCCUCAUUGUGUCAUUUGCUUGCCAGUCUGUGUGCAAGCUGGUCAGGUUAUACUUUAUCAUUCCUCCUCUCGUUUCUAAGACAUUUUUGUAUUGUUAAAUUUAUAACGCAGUUUUAACCAAGCAUAAAGAAACUCAGUAUUUCUAUAAAGUACUGUCCAUGGGGCUGUGUUUUUGCCUAUGCUGAAGAAGAGAACACACAGUUCCUUUAUUCAUGGGAUUCAUGUUCAUAAUUGUUAGUGAGAUAAUGUAAAACAGAUUUUUAUUUGGGAAAUACUCCUGCACACUUAUAAUGUGUGUUUUUAUACAAAGUAAAUUUUCUCAUAUUUUAGAUUUAUGCAUGUAUGUACACAUGUGAUUACAUGUGUUAAUGUUCGUGCUGAUGUACAUAUUUGAAUGUUUAUAUAAAAACACGAAUUGAUUGCUACAAUACAGAGUUAAAUGCAGCCUACACAGUUUAAAAUAUACAAUACUCUAUUUUCAAAUAUUCUUUGUUUUGUAUACAAAGUGUCAAACAUGUAACUUUUUAAGGCAUCUGGUAAAGAUUUCCAAAGCUUAGGUGUGAUUUUAUUCUACACGGUUAUAAAUAUUUCCAUUGAUUGAUAUUCUUAUAGUGCUACUUUAUAUCUAGAAGAUAUAAAGCACUAGAUUCUCCCCUUUGAUUUCAAGUGGCUCUUGUAAAUGGUGGCUCUGCUUAGCUGACAACAGGUCCUGCUCUUGUCUUUCAGUGGGAGAUUGGACAUUUCUCUUAGCAAACAUGACUGGGUCUGGGUCUGCUUGUGGGUUCAUGAGUGUACACCCACAGUGUGUGCACAUUUGCUCCCCAGCCCUGCAGGUACAGGGUCAGGACAACUGAUGGGAUUAGUUCUCCAUGCUCUGCAGUUUCUAUAACACUAAAAUAUGCAUAUAGAAACAUUCCAGUUUUCAGAUUGCCUUCUGUGUCUGCCUAAAUUGUUUUCUUAAUUGUCAUUUGAACAGCAACAGGUGACUACCAUGAGGACCAUUCCUUGCUAGAAGUCUUAGCCAGUUGAGAUCAGCCCUUGGCAAAGUCCCUAUUUCAUCUCAGUUUACAGGUGAGCGGGAUGCUGAGAAAGCCUGCUUCUCUCCCUUUUGUUGAUAGCCUCUUACUGAGGUGUGAAAAGACAACUUAAGGUUACUACCAGUUUACCUUCAUGUAGCAAAGAAGGGAAAUAUCAGUGUUGAAUGUAUGUGAGCAUCCUGAGACGCUAAUUAAGCAUGAGUUUAGGUGUCUCUAAUGCACUUAAACUCCUUCCAGGAUCCCAUACCUAGCCCUCCUUUGGAAAGAUUAUAUAUUUUUAAAAGAAGAUCAGGGAUUGGGGCUGAAGAGUUGGCUUGGCUUCUAAGAACACUUACUACCGUUGCAGAGAACUUGAGUUCAAUUUCCAGCACCCACAUGGGUAACUUUAGUUCCAGGGGACCCAGUGCCCUCUUAUGUAUACAGGCAUGCACACAGUGCACAUAUAUCCAUGCAGACAAAACACUCAUCUACAUUAAAUGUAUGUGAAAAAAUUUUAAAGACAAGGAAAAGUACAUAUACUUUGGAUACUAUAAUAUCUAUAUUUUCUUUGUGAAUAGUUUUCAUAAUUUUUCCAUUAAAAGUAACCAUAGAAUAUUGGUAAAACACAUUUUAAAUAUAUAAAUACAAUGUUAAUUGAAAUAUUCACAUAAAAACCAUUUAGGGCUGUCUUGUAAGGUCUAUGUGAUACAGAAGUCAGUGAUGUCUACUGUGUUAGGCUGUGAAUAACAAUGGAAAAACAAUGAAUGAGGUUUUAUUUGUAGCUCUUUUUUUCUUAUUUUUGGAGAGAAAUAUAUUUGAGAUUUCAAAGGAAAUGACUCAAGAAACUUCAUUUGAAUAUCAUUGGCUUCAUGAUACACUGUGUGUCAGGGCUGAGAGAAUGCAGGGUGAUAUUUUAUGCCCCUAAUCAUACAAGCUGGAAAUUAAGUCAUGGCAUUGUGUAAUGGCAAAGAGCUUAUAGAGAAGAUAAUGAGUCAUUUGCAUAACUUCUGUUUAUAUUAUAUAGAUAAAAGAACGAUUGCCUGCAUAUAUAGUUUAGCUAAAUUUCCCCCACAAACAAUAUUUCAAAAGUCUAUUCUCAAUAUAUUUGACAACUAAAAGUGUGACCUCUAGGUAGACCUCUGAUGGCUAAGAUUAUAGUUUAAAAUAUGUGAUUUAAUAACCAAUUUUACAAGCAAUCCUUUAUUUUAUUGAAUUUUCCUAUUAUUUGGUAUCUCAAAAUGAAUGCCUUGUCUGCUUUGUGUCAUAAGUGGUGCAAAAACAUACGUCACGGGCACAUAGGAGGUCACCUAUUCAUUUUAUCAGACCUUGUCUUUCUUCAUCAACUUGUGACAACACUGUUACUCUUUCUUCUUUAUCAUUUCUGUUCUAUUUACAUAAAACCACAGUUCCCUGCAAUUCAGUUUUUGAUGUUAUGCCUUCAAGGUGGUAACUGUAGAAAGACUUCACUUCCUAAGAUUUUUCUUAAUGAAAAAAAUCUGCUCCUCCCUUCUCUUCCUUAUUUACAGUUGGCUUGAAAUACAGAGGGUGGUUUCAGCCUCAGACGGCUCCCUGCUGCGUGGUAUAUUUCAGCCUGUAGAGAACAAAGGUACUUUUGUACUCUCAGUCCCCACCUGCCCAGGUUUAUAGACAAUGCUUUCAAAGACCCAGUUACUCAUUAUGCAUCUGAGAGCCCUGUGGCUGUCAGAGGCAAUUCAAAAGGAAGCACACCUACCACACACACUUCGGCAUACACACUACGAAUGUUUAAGAGUGAAUGAAUUAUUGUUUAGAGGACCUACUUGCUAUGUCCUUACUACCUCCUGAUGAAGCCACUAAAGGCAGUGUUGAAGGCCAGGUUGAGAAAGAGAAGACUCGUGCUCAGUUAACUCUUGCUGCAGGAACUGUAUUCUGAGCACUCCGUGUGAUGGUAUUUUCACAGCAUCUUGUGGGAAAAUGUGUUAGGUCUUUGGAUGGAUAAGUGGGUCCUGUGUGGUCAGACCUCCCUUAUUCUUACUAAUGACCCUUUUACUAACCAUAGACUCAGAAUUCCAUUCAGAUCCUACCAGGAGACAAGACAUUGUGGGUUCCUACUCUUAAAAUUGAAAGAUCUUGUUUCAAAGAAUUUAGGAAGGAGUCUAUGCCUGUAAUUUCUCCAUCACUCUACUUAUUAAAUAAUAUGAUAAGAUUUUGUCUUAGAGUAGAAGAGUACUUUGGGGAAAUAGAAGAAAAAACAUUAUUCGUGAUGAAUGAGAGUUUAUAGCAGGAAAAGUUACUUACAUUAAAUAACAGCAUUCUAAUUAUUUCAGAUACUAGUCAAUAGCACUUUUAUAACUCUAAAUCAAAAGCAUUUUGUAUUAUCAUACCAAUAUUUUUCUAUGUCCAUGUAUAUAUGUCAUAGUGUUUAUUUCACAAGUCACCAGCAUUAUUUUAUAAUUCUGAGCAACCUAACUAUCUUCUUGGAGAGAAACUUGCUAGCCAACAGUUUUAUCUGACAAUUUCAUUAAUGCUGCUGUAAAAAAAAUGCAACUAACAUUUUAAUGAGGUUCUUCUUGAUAUUAUCUAUGUUCAGAGAGUUUUGCCCUUAGGAAGCUCCUAGAAUUAGUAGCAAUAGCAGAAUAUUCUCCAUUUCAAAACUUGCAUAUUUUGAACACAGACACUGACCUUGAAUUUCUGUUUCUGUUGAUGAGUUUCAGUACAAUGGUAUUGAGGGUCAGUAGUUUUCAACAUGUUGAAAUUUUGCAAGCAUAAGCAUCAGGUAUGUUUUCUAUUUGUGCUGCACAAGAUAAAAAAAACCUAGGUAGUUAUGUUUCACUAAUGCAGUGCUGGAUGCCUGGAGAACUUAAUUUGUCUUCCUUCUCUGGUAAGACUUGAACCCUGAAUUUCAUAGCAUGUAGUUCUUAUUGUGUAGUGAGACUUACAUGGUAGUCGUGCACUGGGAAAGGAGGAUUUUAGUUAUUAGUUCAGAAUUCAGUUGAUACCAUCAUCCUCUUUAUUUUAAUAUGUCUGGAUUUACUUUGCUAAAAUGUGUUUGUAAGUUUUAUCUAAAUAUUUAGCCUACUAACUUUUUCUUUUUAUGUCUAGGAGUAGAAAUAUUCAUAUGUGUGCUGGUAUGUUUGUAGUAAUGUAUUAGGUACUGUAUAUAAAUGUGUUUAGCUUUACUUUCAUUCUUCUGUAAACAUCCUUAACUGGUCCUGGUGAAAUCACUUUAGCCCAGUGGUAGCCAGUUUACCCUUAGGGUUAUGUUGACAACUGUCCUUUGGUCUAUGCUUCAGUUAUAACUUAUAAACUUGCUAUGCUCUGUGUUGGUUCUAGACCAUGUUUUCCCAUGACCUUGGAGCAUUCUCCAUAUUGCAGGAGCAUGGUACCUAUGUUCUGGCGGUCUCAGUAUGAAAACAUUGCUGCCUACACAAAGACGUUUUCUGGCUCCUCACCUCUGGCUGAGUUCUUUACCCUGGCAUUGUGAUGUUGAACCUUGAGGAAGGUGAUGGGUAUAUUUUGUACAAAUAUGACACGAUAUCUUAUAUUGAGUGGUGAAUACUUAAAGGGCAAGGCGGCCUGGCUAUACAGAUGCUGAAUGAUGAGUUGUGAGCACGGCAGAGAUGUAUCUUCAGAUUCCUUGGCACUGGUAUACAAACACGGGAUGUGUGAGGGUGAAGUAGGUUCUGUAGUUAAUGACUUCCCUCUCUGGAGAGUGCUGCUGUAACAAACUCAUUGCUAGAUGGUGUUUGCGGGCUAUUUGUAUGACUGGGAAACCACAGCGAAACAAGUGUACUUCCUGACGAGAAUUCUUGUUUAUCUUUUCAUAUGGAUGCAUUUUGGUGCAGUAUGAUGUCACUCCAAUUUGCAUUGUUGAAUUAUAUUUCAGUUGUAUUUGUGGAGCUGGCCACUUGUGCUUCCAGCUGCUUCUCUGUAUGUCUGUCUUCUCUAUAUUUUUACUUGAAAACCCUUCAAAUGGACAUUUGAAUAAAUAUUUGAUAGUUUACAUAUUAAACACCAUGUUUCUUUUCGAUAAUAAAUACCACUUUAAACUGAA